UAUGUAACCAUGCAUAGUCACGGCUUCUUUUCAUGGCCUUUGCUUCUUCUUUCAUGUUCAAGAGCUGCUGCUGUCUUUGUUCAGGGUUUACUUUGCUGCCAGUUUGCUUUGUUGGAUGUCGGCGGUUAUUUGGAGCAGCACUUCCUCGAAAAGUUGCUUCUGAUCCAAUACAGCAGCACUUUGGGAAGUGAAAUUGAUGACUUUAUGGGUGCCGUACAAGGGACAGUUUUGCUGUCUCAUGCUGACUUGUUUGUCCACGGGUUUAUUCACCAAGCGGAGCCCUCAGUCAGGCUGAGGUCGGUCCAUGCAGCGGACAGCAGGCACCCGCGCAUGCUGCUCUGCACUGGAUACGGCUUUUAUCCCAAACAAAUCAGAGUGAUGUGGCUGAGGAAUGGAAAUAAUGUCACGUCCGAUGUGACGUCCACUGAAGAGCUGUCCAAUGGGAAUUGGCUCUACCAGAUACACUCGUAUCUGGAAUUUACACCCAGAUCUGGAGGGGAAAUCUCCUGCGUGGUGGAGCAUGCCAGCCUCACGCAACCCAAGGUUUAUGAUUGGGAUGCAGCAAAAGAAUCACAGCUGAACAGAAUAGCUCUCGGGACGUCAGGGUUGCUGCUGGGUCUGUUGUUUGGGCUCAUUUACUACAAGAAGGAAAAUGCUGGUGAGAGACGGGCUCUGGAGACACGUGACCGGAAUCAAAAUCUUUAGACGUGACAGUGCCACCUGUGGCAACGAGACUCCUAAGAUAAAUAGGCCUUUUCUUAAAGACUACAAAGACAUACGUGGAAUAUUCUGCUAUCGAUGUUGCUGUAACAUCGCAUCACUGUACCAUCUUCUUUUAAAUCAUAGGGAAUGGAGGUCAACAACAAUCUUUGUCAUUAUUUUCAUAAAGUUACCCAGAGUUCAUGUAGUGCCUCUAUUAUUGCAUAGGUUUGUGUUGAAGUUUGAGGAAAGAAUAUAAAAAAUAGCCAAUAUCUUUUCAUUUGACCUGUCCACAUUACUGUCAUUUAAGAGCAUAUUUUCCAUAAAAUGGUUUGACUACAACCCUAAUUUGACCUUUAGCUAUAUCUGACUAGGGAGGGAAAAAAGCAGUAUCGCCAUCAUCUCAUUAUGAGCAGAGAAGAAGGUAAAACCGACUAUUGUUAAAUUGUACCUAUAAGUUGUAA